CAACAAACGACUCGACUUCUCGUCUACUCGUUUGCGAGUAAUAAAGCAAGACACCAUGAAACUGUGAAUUUUGGUGCCUGACUUGCAGCCUUUGACUACGAGUCAAUAUGGCUCCCCGAAAUGUACCCUCGAGUCGCAAAGCUCUACCUACAAAGUCCAUAUUGAAGAAAACUACACAUCAAUCUCCAUCAAAUUCAGAAUCGAGCUCUCUAUUUCCACCCUCCAAAAAAGAUAAGAGACUGAUCAAACAUGCACAAUUGAUGAAUAAGGUGGCCAAAGCAUCAGCUAAGAAGCCACGAAGAAGGAGACCGAAUAAAAAACUCGUCACGACUCUCGAUUCUCUCGCCGAUGCGCUUCCAGACAGUGGGGAACAGGUGCCGAAUUCCAGAGCGCAAGACCAGGUCAAUAUAAUCCAACGCAAGAGUAUGAAGUCGAAACCUGGGGCGAUGAAGCGUAGAGAGAAACUUGACAAGAGUGAAAGAGAUCGCUUUGCAAAGAAUAUGGCCCAGCUAGCUGGGUCGAAUGGAUCAGACGCUACUCAUGGCGGCGACUUGCCUACUGGGACACCUACGGCCACUUCGACGACAAGUCGUUGGGCUGCUUUGAGAGGGUUUAUUUCUCAAACGUUGGAGACAAGACCUGAUUUGCAGACUGCAAAAUCAUGAACACCCUUCGACUGACGAUGUAUUAUCACCUGCAUAUACUAGUCCCGGUGGAAAUGCCUCAAUGCUGUACCACGCACCUCCCCCGCCUCAAGGCGGUGGUUGAUACAUCGAAUGUAUCCUGCCCACCACCACAAACGAAUCAGCAAUUCACAGAUUUCAUGGAUCAAGAAGAACAUGGCAUGUUGCAUGCAGCAGCAGGGUAUCGCAAAAUCUCCAAGGCUCCAGUUUGAAACUAGGAAUGAUCACUGCUGGGACGAAUCGAUCGUGAAAUGUCGCUUGCAGUGGUCGGAGAAGGUCUAUCGGACCUCGGAGCCUCCAGAGGCGAGCUGAUACAGAAGCACGUGUCGAGAUCUGGCAUGCUCAAUCACAAAAGCGAUCUGGGGAAGGACAAGGCGUCCAUGCAAACAUACUACCAUGGCUGAGCGCACCGAAGGCUGCUACGGUAGAACAAGAAGUUCCCCUACGCAUAUUUAGGCGAGGCCUCUACCAGAGAGAAGCCACAGUAAAGGUGCAGCCACUUUUCAGAACCAGAGUCUUGGUUCUUAAUAGACCAACCAUGUAACAAUAGUUGCUUGGAGUCAGAUGAUGACCCACCAGGUCGAUCUCAAGGAGACUUUCAGAGACUACCAAAAGAAGAGUACAGACUUUCUCCAAGCAGCGAUAAUAUCACUCCUCAUGUC